UUCAACCUUUUAAUGCAAAAAAACUCCCUCCAUGACUCCAUGAGUCUUUGCUUGACUCACUCUCAUCCCUCAAAACAAAGAACAAAAACCCAGUAAGCAUUUUGAUGAGAAUCGACCCUAUAAUGAGACCCAAAUCCCUCAAAGGUAACUGGAGCUCCAGGGUGAAGUUGAAGUUGAAGUCCAACCUCCGAUUACCCACCAUCCUCGUUUUCUGCUGCUUCUCCUUCCUCGCCGGCUUCUUCAUCUCUUCUAUCUUCUCUCAGGAUGUAGAUGAUGGUGGCAGUUCACCCAGAACGAGGUUGCUGGAAACAGAGUAUAAUACGAUGUCGUUUGGUGAGACCGGAGACGAGUCUUUGACUUCAGUUCCGUUUCAGGUGUUGAGCUGGUAUCCAAGAGCAUUGUAUUUUCCUAAUUUUGCUUCUGCGGAGCAAUGUGAGACUAUUAUUGAUUUGGCUAAGCCGGAGCUUAAACCAUCGACGUUGGCUUUGAGGGAAGGAGAAACUGAGGAGAAUACAAAGGGGAUCAGAACAAGUUCUGGGAUGUUUCUUUCGGCUUCUCAAGACAAGUCUGGAACUCUGGAUGUUAUUGAGGAAAAGAUUGCAAGAGCAACAAUGCUUCCCAGGACCCAUGGAGAGGCAUUCAACGUCUUGCGUUAUGAGAUUGGGCAGAAGUAUAAUUCUCAUUAUGAUGCUUUCCACCCGGAUGAAUAUGGUCCACAGACGAGCCAAAGGGUUGCAUCAUUCUUGCUGUAUUUAACUGAUGUUGAAGAAGGUGGGGAAACAAUGUUCCCAUACGAGAGUGGCUUAAACUUGGAUGGAAAACAUGAUGCUCAAGAAUGUAUGGGAUUGAGAGUCAAGCCACGCAGAGGAGAUGGCCUUCUGUUUUAUUCAUUGUUCCCUAAUGGUACAAUCGAUCCGUUAUCGAUACAUGGGAGUUGUCCUGUGAUCAAAGGCGAGAAAUGGGUAGCUACGAAGUGGAUGAGGGAUCAAGUACAGGAGGAAUGAAUAGAUAUAGUUGUCAAGACAGUAAACACAGUAUUGUGAGUGCAAUGCUCAAAUUUUCAUUUUCACUUGAGCAUUGAGCACACAACCCCCACCCCCACCUUCGCCUUCGUUAUGGGACUUCUAUGAUUGGAAUCUUGAGAAAUCUCUCGGUGUUGAUAUGUUGGUCCCAUUGAAAUUAAUAAAGAAAUCAGAUCCCAGCUAUGUAUCUAGUUUAGCCAAGAGCUUUGAAAAUUCAUUUGACGAAAAACCUCUUUCUUUCUCUUUUUGGCGAAGACAAAACCUAUUAGACUUGUACAAUAUCUGCUAUCACAGUUCACAACAGAGAAAAAAGA